GCAAAUGUCAAAAACAAUUCUAACCUCAUUUUUGUUAUCUCAAAAAUUGAAAUUAUCCAAGCUCCAAAAAUCUUGUUUUAAAUAAAAUAUUUCGAUAUGACGAAAUUAAUGGAAUGGUUAACAGCUAUCAGUGCGUUGAUAUCACUUUGGGUGGCUCUUUUAACGAAUAAGAUAGGAAAUGACUUUACCAAGCAACAUCAUCAAUUCAUUUUAUAUUUGCCGAUCAUCCUAAUCAUCUUGUUCGGGCUUUACGCCUUGACUGUUGUACUUUACAGAACUUUCACAUUUAAUAAUUGUGAGGAAGCAGCAGCUGCACUAAAAAAGGAAAUUCAAGAAGCUAAGUCUUCGCUGAAAGCUAUGGGAUAUAUAUUUCCUGAAAAGGCAUCAUGAAAAGAUACAGAAACAUUAAAGAAUGAAACAGCUGUAAAAGCAAAGUUAGAUUUAAUUUGUUGAUUUUACAGUAACUGAAUUUUUUAUAACAAUAUUAAAAUAAAGUGUAUAAAUAAAAGCAGGUAUAAAUUUAA